AUGAAGCAAGAACUAACGGGACGGGAGCUCCAACCAAAGUCUCGUUCUGGCCCUCUUUUGAAAGGUGAUUCUACGUCACUGCAAGCUCCUCUUGAAGACGUCGGACCCGAAGUUCAUCCCCGUACCUUGGAACUUAACUGCAACGUUUCUGAGAAUUCUGGAAAACCAAAGGGCUACGAGGGUAUGAACUAUCGUAAUGCUCCAAGACAGACCCUCGAGAAUCAGACCAUCCACCCGGACGAUCAGACAAUUAUAACGUCGCAGCCUAUGCCGGGUGAAAGCAACACCCUUGCCACUUUCCCUGACGGCUGGGCCGAGUGCAUGGUCACAGGCUACGUGAAGAAGCAGAUCCUAGCCACCCCUGGGUUUCCCCGUCCCAUUGAGCGUACAAAGGAACCAAUGUUUCGUAUCUCUUCGACGCGAGAUAGAGGCCUGGGAAUGUUCGCUGCAAGAGGAAUGAAAACAGGCGAUCUCAUACUGAAUGAAAGACCGAUGAUAGUGGCACCGGCGCUAGCAGAUCCUAGGACUAUAGCUUUCCCUGAAAACUUCACCAAGGAACAGGUCUUUCAAGCCGCUAUAUACGAAUACGAGAAGACACUAGGAUUUUGUAUCCGUCGUAUGCCAAAGGAAAACCAACAGGCUUUCAAGGAGCUUUCUAGUUGCUAUCAGCGCGAUGGAAGCGGGGCAUUAUUCGGCGUCAUCAGAACGAAUGGGUAUGAAGUUGAAGGGCUAAAGGAUAGAGAUACGCAAGAGCCUUUUGGCAUCUACGUCGGUGUUUGGGAUAAACUUUCCCGUUUGAAUCAUAGCUGCUCCCCUAACAUCUGCCGCAAAUGGAACGCGGCCUCUUUCUCUAUGCAAAUCCGGGCCGCGCACGAUAUCGAGGAAGGCGAAGAGCUUACAACAGCAUACUGUGCUAUUCUCAAUCCUGCUGCGAAGCGUCAAACCGAUCUUGCAUUGUACAAUUUCAAAUGUACGUGCGCGGCAUGUUUGAACCCUUCCCAAUCCGAUGUGAAACGAGAAGGCUUCAGUCAUCGGCCGACGCUCAUCCCGCCAUUCGUAGGCAAGGGGAAAGGGAAAGGGGAUUGGCUCGAUCCAGCAUUGAAUAUGCUCGCAGAUAUGGAAGAGGAGGGCGUGCAGGCUAGCUUGUAUUACAAGGCAAUACUGUAUCAACUAGCGACCACUUGCGUCUAUAUGGGGGACAAAGACAGGGCACUCAUGUACGGACGCAAGUUGGCGGCUAUUUCGAGAGCACGAGGAGAGAGCGUGGAUACUAAUUUCACGAGUUUCAAGAAACUGAAGAAGCUACCGCAGUGGGGGAAGGCAGAAAGGCAGGCGGGACUCCAGGUCUAUCGUUGA